AUGUCACUUCUAUCAUCAGCAUUCCGGUGGACGUUGGCGCUCUGCUUCUUGCUCCUGUCGGCCCUCCUAUCGCUGACCCUGGCCGGUCCGUUGGCGAUCGAUGUGGAAGAACCACCGGCUUCGGCGAGGCAACUGUUUGGGAGCACCGUGCUCGAUGAGGUGCCCCUAAUCGAUGGACACAAUGAUCUACCGUGGAAUCUGUACAACUAUGAGCGCAACCGUAUCAAUCAGUUCGAGCUGAACAGUGACCUCAAACAGCACCCGGUGUGGGGGCCUUCGACGAGCAGCCACACGGACAUACCGCGUCUGCGGGCUGGCAAAGUUGGGGCCCAGUUCUGGGUCGCUUACGUUAGCUGCUCCAACCAGUACAAGGAUGCCGUAGAGCGGACGCUCGAGCAGAUCGACGUAAUCAAGCGUAUGGUGCGGAAGUACCCGGACCAUCUGAAGUACGUCACCGGGACGGACGGGAUAAGGACGGCGUUCGAGGAGGGAAAAGUUGGGUCGCUGAUCGCCGUCGAGGGUGGCCACUCGAUGGACUCGCGGUUGGCCGUGUUGCGAAUGUACUACGAGCUCGGCGUUCGGUAUAUGACCCUGACGCACUCGUGCAACACGCCGUGGGCCGAUGCAUCACCGAUCGAUGACGAAACGGAUCCGGUGCUGCGAAACGUGUCCGUGUGGGGCCGGAACGUGAUCUGGGAGAUGAACCGGCUGGGUAUGCUGAUCGAUCUGUCGCACGUUAGCCACGGGGUGAUGGUGGACGUUCUAGAGCACACGAAGGCUCCGGUUAUCUUUAGCCACUCGUCGUCACACGCCGUCUAUCAGCAUCACCGAAACGUCAGAGACGAGGUGCUGAAGAGUUUGGUCGCGAACCGGGGCAUCAUUAUGGUCAACUUCUACACCGGGUUCAUCGGGGGAAACUCGAUCGACAACGUUGUGGCGCAUCUGAACUACAUCAAGAGCAUCACCGGUCCGGAUUACAUUGGACUGGGGAGUGACUUCGACGGUGUUGGAUCCGUGCCGGCCGGGCUGGACGAUGUCUCGAAGUAUCCGGACUUGUUCGAUAUGCUGGCCGAAGGUGUCUACCGCACCGGGGAAACGUUUGUACCGUGGACUCGCGAAGAACUGCGAGCAUUGGCGGGUGAGAACCUGCUGCGAGUGUUUGGCGAGGUUGAGCGGGUCCGCGACAGUAUGGCGGGUGUGGCGCCGUACGAGGACCUGAUUCCGUACGCGGAGUUUGUCGAUGCCGGAGUCGCCGACCAGCCGUGUAUGAGCGAUCUGGAGAUCCACAAAUAG